UUGUCUAUCUAGUCUUCCAUCUCUAUUUUUUUGUAUAUUGUUUUUUGGUUUGAUGUGAUUUUAAAACUAACCCUGAUGUUGGACUUCAGCCAUUAAUCUUUGGGUUUGAAAUUUCGAGACUUCUGGUUUUUGGAUUUUCCCCUUUUUUUUCCAUCUUAUCCCUUCUUUUAUCUCUUUGUUUUGCUUUGCUUUGGUGUUUCUUUGGCCUUCAGCUCGAGAAAAACUUAGUUGCAAUGAGAUAACACUGCUAUUCCCGACCAAUAAUGCUAUGCCACGUGGAAAUGUUAUCAUGCAUGUCAUAGCGUUAUUGGCUGGGUUUGCUAUCCCUCAUUCAUGGAAGCCUUUCUCCUGCUGCUCAGGUUCAGCAAUUAAUAGCUUUUUGUUUCUCACUUGAGUACUUACAGAAAAACUUGCAUAUAUGCUUUUCUGCUCAGGUUCAGCAAUUAAUAGCUUUUUGUUACUCAAGUUCUCACUUGAGUUCUUACAGAAAAACUUUCAUAUAUGCUUUUCUGCUCAGGUUCAGCAAUUAAUAGCUUUCUGUUUCUCACUUGUGUUCUUACAAAAAAACUUGCAUAUGUGAUUUGUUCUCUGUUUCUCACUUAAGGUUCUUUAUGCUCAUAGGAUUUCCAUUUGUAUGGACUAUCUUCAUUCUUCAACUCAAGUGAAGUGGAAGGAUUUAAUUGAGGAAAAGUGAACUAUUGAGGAUCAUGGGUAAUUUUUAUGAGGCAUCAAAUGGCCAUGGGCCAACUGAUAAUGGCCAACUUGUUGUGAGGCAAUCCAACUACCAACCCUGCGUCAAGGUAUCACUACCCUGGCUUGAUGUAAGAGUCUUUUAUGUUAGAAUUAGCAAAUGCGAGAUCGAUGAUUCUGCUCCAGAAUUCCUCACAGUAAAUCAUAUUCCAUUGGAUCCUGAUACGCUUCUUGAAGUCAAUGGUGUUAGAACUAGCAUCAAUUCAGAUGGGGCAACAACUCUUCUUCGAAGGGACCGGUUAGAUAAGAAGUCUGAAGAAGCUACAUUUGUGAGCACUGACAGUAUAAGAAUGACUGGAAGUGUAAAGUUUGAGGUUUUCGAUAAAGAUGUUGUUGUGCUAUCUGGGGUUUUAGAACUGUGUAAUAGUAAUGGUUUCAAUGCAGAAACAGAUCACCAUGGCCAGAGAUGGAGCAUGAAUUGUGAAUCUGAUAUAAGUGCAAGCAGUGGCUUCCUUAAAGGAAAGCAAUUUACCGGUGCAGAAUCUGCUUCACCUUUAAUUGAGGUAUACAUCGCGGGGUCCUUCUCGGGCACUCCAAUAAUUUUAACAAAGACUUUGCAGCUUGGCCUUUGGAAGAAGCAUGUGAGGAAAGGGUUGUUGGAUUCCAUACCAGAGUAUGAGGCAACUGAAAACCAGAGGAACAAUCCUUCUAGAUUUGAUUUUCAGGAGUCGGAAUACUCAUAUUACAAACCAGAAAAUGGAGAAAACAUGUACUGGGGGACAGCAUAUGUAGAAGGUGAAGAUGGAGAGCUUUCAUGGUUCAAUGCUGGUGUGAGAGUGGGUGUUGGGAUUGGCUUGAGCAUAUGUGUCGGGGUUGGCAUUGGAGUUGGGUUGCUCAUACGAACCUACCAAGGCACCACCCGGAACUUUAGAAGGCAGCUACUGUAAUUUAAAUUUCCAAAUAUUUUCAUUUUAGCUACAAUCCAAUGCCAGAUAAGUAUUAAGUGGUUUCUCACAUAUCCCUUUUUGGAUCAAGGUUCAUGUCUUAUCUGAAAUAAUAGGGUGAUUUGUUUCAAAUGUAAACAUACCAUAAAGGCAACAGGUUCCCAAAACCUGUUUCUGAGUUGAUAAGAGUGGAUUUUUGGUUGAAUGGAAUGUGACCAAAAUUUAUACGUCA